GGAGGAGGGAGGAGGGAGGAGGAUGAGAAAACAUCUAGAGAUGAGAAGUGUUUCUCCAGCGGACAACUCGGCCGAGAGGGACCUCAGCCUCCGCGUUUCCUAGAGCAGGACGAUGUCCGCCAUGUGUGUGUCCGCGGUGCUCUUAUAUACGGUGGUGGUCAACAUCUCAGCCCGGGCUGUGACCACAGCGAUCCCAUCAGACCUGCUCGUCCUCUCUCCCCGCCACUAUCAGCACACCGACCCCAGCUCAGGCACGCGGCUGGUGUGCGACAAGUGCCCGGCAGGCACAUACGUGUCGUUCCACUGCUCCCCCACAGCCGUGAGGGAGUGCAGCCCUUGCCCCGGAGGCGCCUUCACGCGGGGCGAGAAUGGGGUCCAGCAGUGCCAUCGCUGUCGGGCUCCGUGCCCCGCGGGCUUCAUCGAGAAAGCGGGCUGCACCGCCACCCAGGACCGCAUCUGCACCUGUCCACCCGACAGCUUCUUGUCGGCGGACGGCGGCACAGAGUGUAGGCCCCACUCACUGUGCCCCGCGGGGACGAGGGUCAAAAAGCGGGGCAGCGCAGCAGAGGACGUGCUCUGCAAACCGUGCACCAAGGGGACUUUUUCAGACGCGCGGACGAGCGCUGUGAAGUGCCGAACCCACGCCGACUGCCAGGCCCAGGGGCUGGUGCUGCUCACGCCGGGGACUAGAGAGACAGAUAACGUCUGCGGACCCGCCUCUACAGCCCUGUCAUCCUCUUCAUCGUCGUCUCUCUCUACAACCAACCCACUGGUUCCUGCAGAGGAUGCGCUUGUGCAGGAACCUCAAAGGUCUACGUCACCAUUAGCAGCACUGACUGGAGCUGCACAUAAAGGCAUCUACAGCCAGUCAGCGCCCCUUCAACUGAGGGAAAGCCUGAGUGGGGUAAACCACCUUGCAGAGGGGCUAGUACAUGGCCGCCCUGCCACUCCAAUCCCAACAAACCUUGAAUCCCCAAGAACUCCACCGCCCCCAGCUCGUAAGCAACCAACAGAUAGUGAGCAACAGCGGGGUCAACCCAAUUCUGACCCUGUGUCAGGGCCCAACGGGCAGGCAAUUGAGGAUCUGCCGGGUGCAGAGGUAGUCAGAAUUGGGACGGGUACCAGCAAGGUUGCUGAGCAGGGGAGUGGAGGUGGCGGAAGUGGUGUAUCCAGUUACUACAGGCCCACUCGCAGGGGGUCCCCGAGGCCGAGUACUCAUAAUCACUUUGACAUCAAUGAACACCUGCCCUGGAUGAUUGUGCUGCUCCUGCUGCUGGUUUUGGUCGUAAUUGUGGUGUGUAGCGUCAAGCGGAGCUCCCGCGUGCUGAAGAAGGGCCCAAUGCAGGAUCCCAGCAGCAUCAUGGAGAAGGCGAUUCAGAAGAAGCCAUCUGUGCCUCAAGCACAGGUCAAAGAGAAGUGGAUCUACUACUCCAACGGUCAGGGGGUGGACAUCCUGAAGCUGGUGGCGGCCCAUGUGGGCACCCAGUGGAUCGACAUCUAUCAGUCGCUGGCCAACGCCACGGAGCGCGAGGUGGCGGCCUUCUCCAACGGCUACUCAUCGGACCGCGAGCGGGCGUACGCGGCGCUGCAGCACUGGACCAUCCGGGACGGCGACGCCAACUUGGCCAAGCUGAUCAACGCCCUGCACCGGCAGCGGCGCAUCGACGUGGUCGAGAAGAUCCGCUGUGUCAUGGAAGACAACCCACAGUUCGACAUCAACCAGCUGAUGACCUCGGUGAAUGUAAGCCAAAGCCUCAGUCCCGUCCACAGGGCGCUGGACUCCCCCAGCAGCGUCGGCAGCGGCAGCGGCGGCAGCGGCAGCAGCGGCGGCAGCGUGGGCGCGGCCAGCAGCGUGGGCGUGGAGCAGUCGCCGGUGGACCGCACCAAGGGCUUCUUCCCCGACGAAUCGGAGCCGCUGCUGCGCUGUGACUCCACCUCCAGCAAGGACUCCGCCCUCAGCAGGAACGGCUCCUUCAUUACCAAAGAGAAGAAAGACACGGUGCUUCGGCAAGUGCGCCUGGACCCGUGCGACCUGCAGCCCAUCUUCGACGACAUGCUGCACAUCCUGAACCCCGAGGAGCUCCACGUGAUCGAGGAGAUCCCGGCCGCCGAGGACAAGCUGGACCGCCUUUUUGAGAUCGCCGGCGUCAAGAGUCAGGAGGCCAGCCAGACGCUGCUGGACUCGGUCUACAGCCACCUGCCCGACCUGCUGUAGUGGAGGACGGGGCGGAAGAGGAAGAGACCGCACCGCGCCCGAAUCAGCACAUGAUUGAAUAGCAAUGUCAAAGUAGGGCUGGGGGUUGAGUCGGCUCGGGUGUUGCUCAGGUGACGCCUGGGUUGAUAUUUGAUCCGACCGAGUCUGACUCGUGGUGUCAUUCUGUCACAUGAUCUCACAGUGGGUGUUGUGGAUGAGGUGGCCGCUCCCUUUAAUGACUCGUACCCUUUUACUGGAACCGAAUCCCGUGUACCCUCCAGUCUCCCUCCUCCGUUGUCCCGCGCCUUCCCCCCGGAAACGCCUGCCUCCUCCUCCACCGUGAUACAGGGUUAAAUGUAAUGGAAGCAUUUGGAGUGUGGCCACGAGUGUGGCCCUUUUUCUUUUUCUCCACUUUUUCUUAGGUGUUCUCUGCCUUGUUUAAGGUGGUAUUUUGCGCGAGCAUCGCGACCUCAACGGGGAGGUUCAAGAGUCUCUCGAACGUUCACAUGGGCACUUUCUCAAUCUUAACUGGCCGAGGCUUUCCCGUUCAAAGGAUUUAUACCGUUGUUUCCGCAGGUUGUGCCAAUCAUUCGGGCUUCUCUCGCCUUGAACGCGAUUCAAUUGCUAACAAAAUCAAAUUUUAAAGAACACGUCAGUGGCAGCAAGGAAGGAAAUUACACACAUAAAUAAGCUAUAACUCUAAACAACACUGGUAUCCAUCUUUGGUUUUCACAGGGUUUUAAGAUUCUUACAGACCACAGAUAUUUGGUCCAGGUCUGAACCGACCCACACAUCAUGUGCCUGUACUUGUUGUUGUCCCUCUUUUAUGUCCCUUUUUUUAACGUCCCAGAUCAUCCGUGCGUCUUUGGCGUUGUAGCCUGUAGCCCCUCUGCCUGACCAGCAGGGAGCAGCAUUGGAUUAGAGAGGCCGACUUGCCGCUCUGCAAACAAAGCCAUGUAUCAAAAAUUGCGAUUUGACACGUAUAAUCCAAUACUGGAGUAACAUUUGCCAUAUUUGAUCUCGUGACACGUGUGCUUUUGGACAAAAAAGACUCCAAAGCAAACAUUUGACUCUUAACGGGACAGUGUUUGCCGCCUGAGCCUUCUUUCCAUAAAGGAAACCAAAGCCAUAUGUCUGAAAACCUUUUUAGAUAUGUGGCUGUGGAAGCCUUGACACUGUUGGACUCAUGGACAGUAUUCAGAGAGCAAAGAUGGGUGACAAAUAAACGUGUUGGCAGGGUGUUGGUCCCUGAACUCUUCUGGAGGAGUGCGUCCCCAUCCCACAGGUGACGUGCUCAGCCCUCAGUGGAUGGAGCCCCUGAGAUUCCUAUUUCUCCUCUUGUUCUCUAAGAGUUUUAAAGAAACGUUUUUUCCUUUUUUCCUUUUAAUUUGUCAUCCAUCUGUACCUCUACCAGUACGCACGUUCAGAUCUAUGCUCGUUCUCCCCGUGCCCCUCAACAAAUGUAGCGUCAAUUAAGUGUUCUUGAUUCAUUUUGGAGCUUUUGUGUGUUGAGUUUUUUUUUGUGCUGUAGUAAAGGGGGGGGGGAUGAUAUAGAAUACAAGUGAUUUUUUUGUUUUUAUCAGACAGUUGUACCUUGCUACAUGCUCUAUGUAAUUCAUUUUGAAAUGUAAUAACGAUGCACAAAUUGUAUUUUCUAUUGGAGAGGCAGAUAUGUAUUGUGUCCUUCAUUUUUCUCUUUCUUUAAUUCUGAAAUGCUGUUCGCUAACAUUUCUCUAUAACAUUUUUUUCUACAUUCAUUUUUGAUUCAUUAGGUUAUCGUAGCAUCUCUUUGUGAGCAUUUUUGACUUGUAUGUCAUGUUCUUCACGGGCAUUCAGAUGUAUUUUUCCCCCUGCUCGGCAUUACAAGACGACCUGGCUGGGAUGUAAUAUAUGCAUACUCUACUUGAAGUCUACGUGUGUUACUUGAUUUAAACAGAGAGAGGGAAUGAUGCACUCUCUCAGUUCCCCCUCCACGAUCGACAUUCUUAAGUAACAGAACAACUGAAGAAGCUCCACCAAAAAAAAACAAAAAAAAAACAAACUCGUCAAAAGGGUUCGGUGAUGUUUUUGCAGGCGCCGCAAAGAGCAGCAAAAUGGCGGGCUCUUGUUUUCACCGAGCCGGUGGCUAUCAAAGCUGCCGUGGUGCUCGACGCGAACUCUCACCGGUUAGCCUGACACAGGGGGACGUGACCCCCGGACUAUUUAAAGUGUUCCACACUGAAUGAAGGAUAGUCCAGGCGGCGCUGCGGCCGGCCUGUGGCUGUCGAUGGUAAUGGUGAGGAUGAGGAUGCUUGAGCUUUUUGUUUCCUUAAGGAGGCCUGAGAGGAUGAGGUUGAUGAUGAUGAUGAUGAUGUGGCUGGAGUGGAUGAUUUCAUGAAAGUUUCACUCCUAUAACCAGUAUGUUUACUACUAUGUAACCUCUUCGAAGCAACCAAUUAAAACUCCAGAAAACGUUUGUUAUA